AUGAGCUCAUCUCGCUUCACAAAACUCCUAGCGAAUUCGUUUAAAUUGGCGACAAGUGAUUUGGCUAAUCAAUACGCGCUUCCGGUCAAAUCAAUGACCGGACUGGUCGUCAGCAAUUUCACUGCGAAAAAAUCCAGAAAUUUGAAUGAGAAAGUUGUGGAGAGAAUGGAUCCGGGACGAGACGAUUUCGUGUUUGAAAUUGGUUUUGGGCGGGGAGACGCGAUGAAAAUGUGCUAUGAUCGAGUGAAGGAUGGAAGGGGAAUGGUGUUCGGAGUCGAGCGAUCGGGCUAUAUGAACGAAAAAGCGACGAAACGAUUCGUUUUGGAAAUCGCGGAAACCGACAAAAUUCGAAUCGAUUCGGCAGUCGAUUUGAGGAAUCUACCGUAUCCAACUGACCUAUUUAAUCAUGUUUUCCACGUGGAUUUAUUCUAUUUUCUGCAAAACGAUGCGUUGAUUGACAUCAAUCGAGAACUGUUGAGAGUUCUGAAGCCGGGAGGGAUUCUGACGUGUGGAAUGGAAUUCAGAAGGUUGAAGACGUUGACGGACCAUGGAAUUCUUGAAGAGACUCAAUGGGACCCUUUGAGAUAUUUAUGGACAUUGGAGCAAGCGGAAUUCAGCGAUGUUCAGGAGAGAUUAGCAAUCGCCAUGAUGAGUGAUAAGAAAGAUACUGGAGGAGAUUUUCCUUGA